AUGUCUUCUUCAAAGACUUCAAUGAUUAGGCAAAUUGAUGAUUCAACAGAUAGGUGGAAGAUUGUUGCUCGUGUUAUUAGGAGAUGGAAUGUUUAUGAAAAAGACUCCCCUGCUGACCUUUUAUGUAUAUCCAUGCUACUCAUUGAUGAAGAGGGGACGAGGAUCCAGGCAUCGGUUAGCAACAAAAGUGCAUUCAAGCUAUUUGAAGAUAAAGCUUUAGAGGGGAGGAGUUAUUUCAUUGCUAAUUUUUCUGUGGUGGGUAACACUAAGGAGUACAGGGCAACUAAGCAUCCAUUUAAGAUUACAUUGGGCAAACAUACGUAUGUGAAGGAAAGGGAAGCUGAUAUACCAGAAUACUCCUAUAAUUUCUUCCCUAUAUCUGAAAUUAUUGAAAUUACAGAUAAGAAGAGUGUUGAUUAUCUCAUUGAUGUCAUUGGAUUUGUCACUUCAGUUGGUCCAUUGGAAGAAUACCGUAAUGAUUCUGAAAUGAAGAAUAGGAUGCGGUUAACUUUGUCUGAUAACUUGGAAAACUCUGUGUCUUGUGUGUUACUUGAUGAAUGUGCAACAGAGGUGUGUAUGAUGGACUUCACCAAGAUGGAUGCUCCUGUGGUAAUGUUGAUGCAGCUGGCUAGAAUUGGGUUUGAUGCGAAAGGUAAGCCAGAAGUAUGUAGUUCUUUCCAUGCUUCUAAAGUUUUAUUUAACAUGAACUAUCCAGAGGUGAAGCAUUUUAUUAAGAGUGCAAAGUCCUUACCUUCUCCCACGAUUAGCACAAUUUCUGCAAGUGUAUCUUCCAAGGCAUCAAAUACGGUUGAAAGCUCUGUUAUCCAGAAUCAACCUUUCAUCCCAAUUGUUGAUAUAGCGAAACAAACUAUGGGUGAAUAUUUCUGGAUCAGGUGCAAGGUCAUUAAGGUGGAUACAAGGCAUGGAUGGAAAUAUAUAGGAUGUUCAAAGUGUGGCAGCAAGCCCAAAGAUGAUGACGUUAAACAGCCUUGCAUGGGCAAUUUAUGCAAGAAGAAGCCAACAACCUACGAGUCUAAGCUUAGAGUCCAUUACACAGUCAUGGAUGAAUCUGGAAAGAUUAGUGUUGUGUUUUUUGAUAAGUUGGCUAUACAAUUUAUUGGAAAAACUGCUGCUGAGCUGGAGAAAGGUCUUCCAAAGGAUAAGGAUGGUUACAUUGAUGUCCCAGGUGAGUUAGAUUUUCUUGUGGGGAAAAGAUUGUUGCUCAAAAUGAAGCUGAACCAAUAUAAUGUAGAUUUUCCACAUUCUAGCAUUUCUGUUGCUACAUAUACUGAAGUUGCUGAUCUGAUGGAUGAAUUUAACAGGGCUGGCAAGGCAAUUGAAGAGGUGGCAGAUGAGGGCUCUGAUUACGUAGUUAUGCAAGAGGAUUUUGCCCAGGACAGUUAUCUGCCCCAAACUGAGCCGUGUAUGAUGGAGGAUGUUGUUGUGGUCAAGGUUGAUCUUGAUGAGAUCCCUGUGUCUGAGAUGAUGCCAGCCACCUAUAAGGGGAAAAGGAAGAGCAUAGCCAGGAGGAUUGGAGGAGGAAGUUCAAAGGGGUUGUCUGUUUCUAAUGAUUCACCUAUCAAGUUUGGAGGGAAAACUUUAAAGUCCAUCAAACAGGAGAAGAAAUGA